AUGGCGGAACCAUCAUCAUCUUCCAUCACUGUCAGUUUCAGAGAUAAUUUAUGGAAAGGCAUUUUCGCUGUUUCUGGAAUCAUGCUUACGCUCGUUACCUAUGGCGUCUUACAGGAAAAGAUCAUGAGAAUACCAUAUGGAGUAGAAAAGGAGUAUUUCAAGUAUUCACUCUUUCUUGUUUUCUGCAACCGGAUUAUGACGUCUGCUGUUUCUGCUGGUUCUUUGCUGGCAAGUAAAAAAGCAUUAGAUCCAGUGGCUCCCAUUUACAAGUAUUCCCUUGUAUCAGUAUCAAACAUACUAACCACAACUUGUCAGUAUGAGGCCCUCAAAUAUGUUAGUUUUCCUGUUCAGACUCUUGCGAAGUGUGCGAAAAUGAUACCAGUUAUGGUCUGGGGUACAAUUAUCAUGCAGAAGAGGUACAAGGGACCUGACUAUUUGUUAGCUUUUUUAGUUACCCUUGGCUGCUCAGUAUUUAUCUUAUAUCCGGCAGGAACAGACCUAAGUCCAUACAGCCGAGGAAGGGAAAAUACAGUUUGGGGCGUUCUUCUAAUGGGUGGCUAUCUUGGGUUUGAUGGCUUUACAAGCACAUUCCAAGAUAAGAUGUUUAGAGGCUAUGACAUGGAGAUUCAUAAUCAGAUAUUUUAUACAACAUUGUGUUCUUGUAUUCUUAGUCUGACAGGUCUUAUUGUACAAGGACAAAUGACACUAUCAGUAGAGUUUGUAUAUCGGCAUCAUGAUUGUUUCUUUGACAUAGCAUUACUUUCGACUGUUGCAACAAUUAGCCAAUUCUUCAUUUCGUACACAAUUCGCACUUUUGGUGCUCUGACAUUCGCUACCAUAAUGACCACAAGACAGUUGGUGAGCAUUAUGCUGUCGUGUGUGUGGUUUUCCCAUCCUCUUAGCUGGGAGCAGUGGAUCGGAGCAGUCAUUGUCUUCGGCUCCCUAUAUGGAAAAAGUUUCUGGAAGAAAGCACCUCAGAAGACAACAUCCCCAACAUCCACAUCCACAUCCACAGUAGAGCUUGUUCAAAAUGAGGAAUCGAAUAAUUUGAAGGACAACCCGUGA